UAGCUGUUAUUCUUUGCUGACAACAAGUGCCUGUAAACAUCUCUUGCCUCCAAUCUCGUCCCAUUCAACCUUCUGGCGUCGAAUUUCAUGGGACGACAGCAGAAUGAUGAGCAGCGUGUCGUGUUGCGGAAGCCUUGUCACGUAGAAAUCCACCUUUGCAUUCCGAGUUGAGGUACUUUUAAGGGUGUCGGUUGUGUCCCACGAAUUGUCCUUCGUACAAGCCUUAGUUCUUCCUGCAAUCUCCGUUGAGGAUGCUUAUCUGUGAUUGUUAGCGUUGUUUCGUGGCUUCAAUGACGCGUUUGUGAUUUGUAUCGCCUGUUCUCACUACUUUAAUCGCUUUCUCGAACUCUCGGUUUCUCGUGGGGCAAAGUUGUAUGACAAGCGUCUCUAAUUUUGGUCUUGUGUAAGCAUUUAGUGGUUUCCGUGGGUGGGUUUCGCGUAAAUUUUGAAUCCGAGUAAUUCCGCUGGAAGAUUGGGGUAAGAUUGAGGUUUCGAAAACUCUUUCUUGGGGAGCUUCUCGUCAAGUUCUUCUGCCGUCUCCUUGAUCUGUUUUCAGUACCUUGAAUUUAUGAGUCUGUUGGUUGGUUGGAUGAAAGGAAGAAAGUUCUGUAGAUCGUCCUCCUUGUUGUUGGAGAGUAGAAAUGGGAGUGACUGUUGACUUGUCGGCAUCAUCAGAGAAGAGUGUUCUCUUAAGAGAGUUCGCACGGGGUUGUGUGUAUUACCUUUUACAAUCUGGCCAAUUCUUUGCACGCCUUGGGAUGUGUUUUGUGUAUUGUACAUAAGGAGCCUUGUUUCACAUUGGCAAUGAACUUUGAAAGAGAUUACUCAAGGGAGAUGUCGGCACGAUAGCGUGAAGCAAGACUAAGAAGAAGGGGUGGAAUAACAGCAUUGUCUGCGCCUCUUGGUCGCUGCAGCGCCUCUCUUUUAAGGUUAGGUACUCCCUCCUCUCCAAAGUUGCUCUGUGGCUGAAGACGGUGUUUCUUCCAAAAGACUCGAAGAAUAAUUCAUUCAACGCUGCGAAAAUGGCACACUGCUUCUGCAAAUUAUAACUACUCGAUGAUGAAGUGUGCCGAACUACAACCAUCAUUGAUCUUAGGGGUUCAACAAUGGAGGUGUACACAGUGUCGUCAGAAGAACGACGGAUUAGAGUACCCGCACGGUCGAGGGAAAGGGCCCGAGCGUCCGUUUUACAGCUCCUGUUACUUUCUCUAGGUCUUGUUGUCCUCACAAUGUGCCUGCGUUUUUUCUUCAAUGCCCAUUUGCAGCCCUCGCUGAACCACGUUGCGCAAGAGCGACUAUUGUGUACUCGAGGUCAGAGCAAGCAAUGGUGUUGUGGACAUCGAGGUGCCCGGACGCUCGCUCCAGAAAACACCAUGGCAGCUUUUCUCACUGCUCUGAAGGUUGGGGCGAAUUGCAUUGAGAUGGAUGUGCACCGGACAAGCGAUGGCAAAAUUGCUGUAGUACAUGCGAAUCAUUACCGCAACAAGAUAUUGCCAGCCAAUGGGCAUGUAGGCGAUGCUGCUAUUCGUGUUGAGGACACAUCGUGGGAUGUCCUUCGGAAAUUAGAUGCUGGAGCAUGGUUUGAUAAAAAAUAUGAGAACGAGCGCAUCCCUCAGCUUGCAACUGUUCUGGAGACGUUUUGGGAUGUAGAUGUGCGUCUUAUUGUUGAACUGAAGGCUGAGAAAUGUCUUAGUCUCAACUCCAUUCAGUGCCAGCGACACUGCAAUUGGGAGGAGCACUAUGCAAAUAGCUUGAAAGCAUCUCUAUUUAGGGUUCAGAAAGACCAUGGAGUUGGGAGACCACGAUUCUCGCUGCUCUUCACUUCAUUCAAUCAUAGCCUUGUGGACCAGCUUGAUUCUCUGGCUGAAACCAACGAUCCUGCUAGCAGCUUAACAUCGGGGUACCUGCUGGACCCUCAUUUCAACUACACAGGUGCCGAUUUCAAGGACGGAGUUACAUGGCUGGGACCCCAUUUCUCCAAGGUGGGAGAAGUAGCGAAUUUGUGGCAGAACUCCUUUGUGUUUCCUCUUGGGUCACGGACUCUCGUGAAACUAUAGAGCAGCAGUUUAAGCUUGGUGUUCAAGCGGUGACCACCAACUUACCUUCGCUUUGCUCUACUGUCAAGCUGGAAAGGUAAGCUUUCAAAGCAGACAACUGUACAUUAUUGCCAUAAUUGAAGAAAUCUGACUUUCCUUGGUCACCACAUCCUUGUUUGUAAAUGCUCCCUCCCAAGUCCGUUUGUUGAGGUAGAGCUUGCUGUCAGGAAUCUAGACUAUUGUUUUCUUCUUCCUCAUUCCCUCUGCAAAUUUUUGUUAAGUUAUUUUUGUUCUCAAAGGGAUGUAUUAAAAUCUGCCAUGAACUAGAACAAUUUUAGUCUGUUUGGCCUAAUUUCUAGUUUUUGUUUGACGGAUUCAUGCAAUUUAGAUUUAUUAUCGAAUAUUAUUAUUUUUGUUCAACUUCAAUAAUUUAUUCAUACAAUACAAGUUAUUUAUUAAGAAGAUAUAAAGUGAAGCUUUUUUUCUUCUUUUUUUCUUCUUUUUUUUCCGUUUCUUAGAGUGACUUAGCAAUAUUAUAGGACCGCGUGGUUAGCUUUCUAGUUUAAUUGUGAAUGACUUUUCAAUACAUGUAAUUAACGUAGUAAAUAUGAUUACAUUUGAAUUAUUUUUGGCUUAUUUACAAACAUGAUGUUUCUCCUCUAGCUCAAAAAUUUGAUCAUGAACAAAACUGAUUUUUUGAAA